UACAGUCGUAUUACUAUGGAAAUAUAGCGUUUAUUUGUAAAUCGUGAAGUUCAUCCUAAUAAUCAUGAUGCAAUAUAAAAAUAAAUGUAAUGCGGCAUACUAUUUAUUUAUCAUACAAAUACCACUUCUGACAACUAUUCAAGUACAGAGUUUGAAAAUACCAUCGACAGUACGACGUCCACCAACAAUAACGAAACAAUCACCGGAGAUUUAUUAUGCAUUGCCGAGAGCACAAAUCAGAUUAGUAUGUGCUGCAGAUGGAUAUCCUGACGUUAAACAAUCUGGAAGUUACAUUUGGAAAAAAGAUGGAAAGUAUUUCAAUAUCACUGAAGAGGAAGAAAGAAACAAAUCGAUGCUUCAAAUAUCGAUGUCAGAUGUGGACGGUUCACUGUACUUCAAUGGAAGUGAAAAGCUUAGUUCUGAUCAGCUAUAUCCUCAUGAAGGGAAAUACCAGUGCUUUGCGAGUAAUCAAUGGGGAACUACUGUAUCGAAAGUUAUCGAACUGAAAAUUGGAACAAUGGCGCCUUACAUUGGCAUUGCUGAUGAAGUGUUAGAAGUAAAGGAGGGAGAAUCGAAACAAGUUUCAUGUCGGAGAAGUGAAUCAAAAGACAUUGCAACAGAAUGGAAAUUUAUACCGAACAAAGUUCAACUGUCGAAUCGAAUAGCCCAAGCUUAUGAUGGAACAAUUGUCUUCUCAAACAUUGUCGCUGUCGAGGACGAAGGCCUUCAAUUGUUUUGUACGUUAAAAUAUCUACCAACACGGAGUUCGAUUGAUGGUGUACAUUACACUCUUUCAGUGAAAACAGAUGAAGCAGUUCGAGAUUCACUGCCAAAGAUUGUUCAACCAAGACAAGAUCGCGAGAGAAAAGUAGUUUUGAAAGGAGAGGAAUUAAAAUUGACCUGCAUUGCAACUGGGAAACCGACGCCUUCGGUGUAUUGGAAUAAGAAAGCGAAAUUGGCGGCGAUCGCAGAAACUUAUGAGGAUUAUUAUGCCGAUGACGAUUACUUACCAGGAGAGGGCGAAGAAGGAAAUCGAUUUCUCCUACGAAAUUUUAACAGAACUUUAUAUAUCCGAGAAGUGAAUUACACAGACGAAGGCGAUUACACUUGCACUGUGAAAAAUAAGAUUGGAAUACGAAGACGAGACAUUGAAGUCAUUGUCGAAGCUAAACCUUCCUUUGCUAGCGACUACACGCAACCAUUUGACAUGAUAAAGGUGCCAGGAGAAACAGCUGAAAUUCGUUGUGAGCCAGAAGGAAAACCUGAACCCGAAGUAGUUUGGAUGAAAAAUGGAAAACCAAUUGAUGACCUUCCUUCAGACAUGAUGUUCAAUAAACGUAUUGUGUUGAAAGAUUUGAAACAAUCAGACACUGCAGUUUAUCAAUGUAUGGGAAAGAACAAACAUGGAACUGUACUUGGUCAAGGAUUUCUGAACGUUUUGAUUUCCGAACCUGUUGCACUCCCAGAAAAUAAAAUAUAUUAUCGUAGAAUGGAAGGAAAUGCAGUUGAUUUACAGUGCGAUAUGUUCUCAUCUCCUAACCACACGACGACAUGGGUGAAGUUUGAACAACCCCAAAAGAACUUACUCUGGGACGAACGAAUUGAGAUGAAAAGCAACCGAGCUCUUAAAAUAAGAAAUAUAAACAUAGACGAUUCUGGUAUAUACGAGUGCAGAGGUAGCAAUAAUCACGGAGCAACAGCCAUAAAUAUCACUUUGCUGGUACUAGAAAAAACUAUCGUUCGGCCUACCGGCGAAAAGGAUCGAUAUGUAGUACCAAAGGGUCAAGACGUAGCAAUGUCUGUUGAGACCUUUACCGAUGGCAAUCUUAAAUGGAGUACAGUUACUUGGUACAAGGACGGGUAUAACAUGAGUGUUGGUAUACAGUUAAAGUUGCUCUCGGUUUCUGUUGGAGACAGUGGCGAAUACAACGUUGUCGUUCAAACUGAAUUUGACACCGCAAGCACUACGAUUAGACUUAUAGUUCAAGAUGUCCCUGAUGAACCAACAGGUCUGACAUUCACAGCUGACGAAAAUGAUCCGUAUUCUGGAACCCUCAAUUGGGAAUCGCCAACAAUUGAUAACAAUUCACCUGUCCAAAGUUACGAUAUCGAAUAUGAAGCAUCAGAACUGUAUCCUGGUAAGUGGGUGUAUGUUACAACUUCAGUCGAACCCAGAAUAAACGUUGAAGCAUUGGAACCUUGGGUAGAAUACAGUUUCAGAGUGUGGGCUGAAAACGGUAUCGGCCUCAGUGAAUAUCCGAGUGAAGCGACUGAGCCUUAUAAAACUCCUGCAUCCGCUCCUCGAAUAAAUCCAGCUGGUGUCAGUGGCGCAGGAACAUCUCCUGAUAACAUGGUGAUAAAAUGGGAUAAAGUAGAUGUGAUGAAAUAUGCUGGACCAGGAUUCGGAUACGAAGUUAGCUGGUGUAUGGAAUCCAACUGUACGUGGCAAGUGGCUCCUUUCAUUGAUGAUCCUGAUAUAACGUCAUAUAUUGUAACGGGAACUCCGCCAUACACAAGAUAUCUAAUCAAUGUUACAAGUGCAAACGAUGAAGAAGGAAAGGCUCCUGCCCCAAUUGUUGUUGUCGGAUACUCCGGAGAAGAUGUUCCUAUGGAGUCUCCUUCUGAAGUGACACAUACAAUAUCGGACUAUAAUGACGUCACGGUCUCAUGGAAACCAGUCCCAGAUGAAAAAAUGAGAGGCCUUUCAACAGGAUACAUUGUAGAAGCAAAAGAAAAGAAUUCAAACAAAUCCAUCCUAAAAGAGGUUGAUCCCAAUGAAUUGACAACUAAUUUAAAACUGGAUCCAUUCACUGAUUAUGAAAUCACGGUCAGUGCAACAAACAAAGCUGGACCUAGCAAACCUUCAAAAAAUAUUGAAUUAAAAACUCCGGAAGGAAAGCCAGAUGCACCGGAAAAUUUUGCGGUGACAAAAACGACGUUGAAUGAUUUGCAAAUGCAAUGGAAAGAACCGACAAAAGUCAAAGGCGUUAUCAUAUCCUAUCGGUUACAGCUUCAAUGGAUGAAUGGAAAUGAAACAAAAUCAGACACUCGUGAAACGAAAAAGAUGAAGGUUAAGUUGACUGGUUUACAAUCAGGCGCUAUGUAUAACAUGACAUUGUGUGCGGAGACAUCACGUGGAAUAGGAGAUGAUUGCGCAACCAUCGGAGCAAAAACAUUGGAACCAAGAAGUCCAGGCAAGGCUCGAUACAACGUUAUAACUGAUGAUAAUCUAGCAAAUGUGUCGUGGGAAACACCAGAACAAGAUCUUGAGGAUGGAAUUCCUGUCCGAUCAUUUCGUGUUGAGUAUAGACUUUCUGAAACAGAUACAAGCAAAGAAAAUGAAGAAAAAUGGGAGUCAAGCAAAAUUAAAAAUGCAACUGAAUCAUGGCACUAUGCAACAACUAUCAAUGAUUUAAUACCGGGUACAUUCUACGAAUUUAGAAUUGUUGCAGCCAAUGAGUUCGGAGAAACGGUCACUAACUCUACAAAAUACAAAACGACUGGGAGAUUAUACAGAGAAGCUGGUGGUGGGAUUGUGCAACAACCCUGGUUCUUGGUUCUUUUAUGUGUUCUCGCUUUACUCAUCGUUUUUCUGGCUAUUCUGUGUUUUAUGCGUCGACGAAAAGGUGGUAAAUAUGCAGUUUCUGAAAAAGAGGAACAACUGGUAAAAUUGGAAUCUCAACCAAUGAACAACGACGAAGCUGGAAAAUACAACAGCAUGAACCCAAACACUGACAUGAAAGAGGAAAACGGAAUGGCAGCAUCCUUGGACGAUCCAUUGAAAUCGUCGCGUCGUCCACGCGGGGAUAGCGUAGGGGGAAAUUCAAUCGAAGCGUUCGGAAGUGGUGACACGAAAGACUUUGAAGAAGAUGGCUCCUUCAUUGAUCAAUAUGGAAUCGAUCGUCGGUCUCAGGGAAAGUCUGAGGAAGUAUCCUCGCCCGCUAGCGACGAGUCGAAAGAUGUUGAUAACGCUCAGACCAGACUGCUUCGUGAUUCGGAUCCCGUCUGAAUCAAUAGUAUUGCGAUUUAUGCUUAAGAUUUUUACAUAAUAUUAAUUUAUUAAUCGUUUCAUUGUUUCCAAUUACCAUAAGAUUCAAUUCAUAUCAUAUUUGGAAAUGCAGUUCACAUUGUUUCUGUUGUUACACUCAUAACAGCAAUAUAGAACGAUCCAUAUUCUAAUAAAAAUAACCCAUAAUAUUUACCUCUUUACGUCACGACUAUUCAUUCACAAAGUUCUGUGUAAUGUCGGAGACGGUCAUAUACAUAAAAAUAUUUCUCCUUUCUUACCAAAGCUAAAGUAGAGUCGCUUUUUAUACAAAAUUGCUGCUUGUCCGAGCUCUAUCAUGAAAAAAUACCAAGAAGAAUUCAAGACAAAGAUGAAAUAAAAAAUUGUACAAAAAUUAACAUCACAAUAAUACUUUGUAUUUGUACUGGUCAACUUUUUUCUAACUUGCUUGUAGAUACGAUCUUAAGUUUUUGCUGCAUUAUCGCUUAUUAAUGUAAAUUUCCUGCUAUAGAAUCUGUGUUUCCGUGUUUACUAUUUCAGUGUUGUCGUUUUACAUCUCAUUUUUCCCUACCACCACAGUAUGCGAAUUCUUCUUUUGCCCAUUUUCGUUGCUUUUAUGUGGAUUCGUCAUUAUUUUUCAUUGCUUUGUAGUUUUGUUGAUUCGUGAACAACGAUCGAUAACAAUCAAA